AUGAUUGGGCAUGCUAUAUACAUAGCCCUGGAGGUGCUGGUGGCCCUGGCCUGUUGCCUGGGCAACACCCUGGUGGUCUGCGCUGUUUGGAUGAACCGAUCCCUGCGCCAGCCCACCUUCCUGUUCGUUGUGUCGCUGGCGGUGGCCGACUUCCUGGUGGGCGCGGUGGCCAUCCCCCUGGCCAUAGUUCUGGAACAAGGGGUGGUGCUCCCUGUCUGCGGCUGCCUCUUCAUCUGCUGCAUCCUGCUGGUCCUCACCCAGAGCUCCGUCCUGUCCCUGCUCGCCAUCGCCGUGGACCGCUACCUGCGCGUGCGCUUGCCACACAGAUACAAAAGAAUCGCGACACAGAGGCAUUCCUGGCUCGCUGUGGCACUCUGCUGGUUCAUCGCCUGCAUCCUGGGCUUCACCCCGCUGUUCGGGUGGCACAAGGAUGUGCCCAAUAACAAGACCAUGGAAUGCAAGUUUACAGAUGUGAUGGAUAUGUCCUACAUGGUCUACUUCAACUUUUUCGGCUGCAUCCUGCCCCCGCUGCUGGCCAUGAUGAUCCUCUAUGUGCAGGUCUUCAGAACAAUCAGGAAACACCUGCGGGAGAACAUGGCAGGCAGCCAGGAGUCCUUCUACCUGAAGGAGGCGAACCUGGCCCAGUCCCUGGCGCUGGUUCUGGUUCUCUUUGCCAUCUGCUGGCUGCCCCUGCACCUCAUGAACUGCGCGUUCCACUUUGACAGCAAGGCGCCCAAGUUCGUCUUCUACAUCGGCAUCCUCCUGUCACACGUCAACUCGGCCGUCAACCCCGUCGUGUACGCCUUCAAGAUCCGCAAAUUUCAGAGCGCAUACCUGGCGAUCUGGAGGCGCUAUGUCCUCUGUCAGAGCGAGGAGGUCUCCCAGGGCGAACAGUCGGCUGACAUCUUGGCCAGCAGCGCUCCCAACAGGUAAUCCUCGAUGUGGCAGAGCAGGCAAGACUCUAUCGGGAAUCGUUCAUGUCAGCCGAGAAACCUUUGAAACAGCCUGAACAGGUUGA